AUGGGCCUGAGGCUAGAGGUCAACUGGCAUGUGCCUGAAGCAUUCGGAGGAGGCAGCAUGAGGUCUGGUGUGUCAAGGUUCUUGUGCUUCUCUUUCUUCCUCCUGGCUCUCUGCGAUGCUUCUGCCCAGGCCUCGCGCUCCGGGGGCAUAACCCUCCUGUGUCAACAUCUGCACUCUGUGUGCAACGUGCCGUGCCUGCAGAAGCUCUUCGCGGCCCUCGGGCUACGAGGAGGGCAGGUGGACAAGAGCAAGCGAGCAAGCGACAAGGUGGAGGCGAUACAGCGAGCAGAACAGGAGCACCAGAUCAAUUGUCCUAUUCCAUGCAUAGGAAGCUCCAACAAGCGUCCUCACCACAUGCUUGCCUUUGCUCCUACUUCCUCUCCGUUCCCAAGCCCCAUCCCUGGCGAACCAAGGACAGAUGAUCCCGGGUCGUGUUUGACAUCAUUCAGGGGCGAUGAGGAUGGAAUUGCUCGUCGCUUGUGCGACGGCAGUGUGCUCUAUCCAGGCGAGACUCUCUAUGCUUUUCCGGGCUCCGUGUUCUUCUCGCCUGAGGAGUCGAAUUCCUCUUUUGUAAGCUAUUCAAGAUCGCUGGUCUUGCUCUGA